AUGGGCCUCACCAAUGUCCGCUCCGCCUCCAACGCCUGGGGCACCCUCAAGAAGAAGAUUCUUGCCAUCGAUGCCCAGGAUAAGGCCGCCAACCCUGACAAGGCUGCUGCUGCUGAGGAGAGCACCGCUUCGACCAAGGCCACUACUAAGACCCCCGCCAAGGGCAAGCGUGCUGCUGCCGCCAUAACCGAGGGCGAUGCCGAUGCCGAAAUCGCCACUCCCACCAAGAAGCCCCGUGGCAGAAAGCCCAAGGCUGCCACCGCCACCCCCAAGACUGAGGAUAUGGUGACGUCUGAGGAUGGCGAGAAGGCCGAGGGCAGUGAGAAUACUCCCAUCAACCUCGUUACACCCACCGUGACCCCCGUCAAGAAGCCUCGUGGUCGCGCCGCCGCCAAGAUCAAGGCUGAGGCCGCUGCCAAAGCCGCCGCUGAGGUCGGGGCCGCUAACACGAAGACUGCUGCUGCCAAGGAGGAGGACUUGGAGUCCGGGGUCAAGGAUGAAUCCACCGUCACUGAGGCCAAAAAGGAGGAGGACGAUGUCGAGGAGCUUGUUAGCCCCGAGGAUGUCGCCCACCUGGAGAAGAUUGCCGCUGACGGAAUCAAAGCUAUCAAGCAGGAGGAUCUGGAGGAGGAGGACGAGGAUGAUGGCACCAUUUAG